CCCCCUCUCUCUCUCUCUCUCGCGUCAAGCCUCUGUCUUCGAUCCCCCCUUUCUCUGUCCAAGCUCACUUUCCUUCCUCCCUCGCCGUCACUUCUCUUCCUCCCUCGCCGCCUGGAUCUGGAGUCCGGAACUAGAACUUGCGCUCCAAUAUUCAAGCCAUCUCUAAACCCUAAUCUACCAAAUCAAUCUCACUUUAUUCCCAAUAAUCGAAAAUCUUUCACAUAAAACCCAAUGACGAAUCGUAUUAGUAGUUGAGUACCGUUUUUCAAGUUCAACAAUGGAUGUGAAGUCGUUAGCAAAAUCAAAGCGAGCUCACACACAGCACCAUACCAAAAAGCCUCACCAUAAGCACAAAACCCCAACACCAUCACAAUCAUCUCCGUCUUCAUCUUCUGAUGUCUCGAACGACGUCAUUGGAUCCAGAAAGAAGCAACUGAACCAGAAAGGAACCACUGUGAAUCGCAAUUCUAGCUCUCGUGCUUCUUCUACACUCCCGAACAAUUGGGAUCGAUACUACGACGAAGAUGAAGAAAUCGAUUCUGUGAUUGCUGAAGGUGCGACCAAAGUACCCAACGAUGGUGCUGUUUUACCGAAAAGUAAAGGUGCGGAUUUUAGGCACCUUGUUGAUGAGGCUCGGUCUCAAGCAGAUGCAAGCUUGGAGGGUUUGCCUUCUCUGGAUGAUACUCUUCCUGGUGAGUUCAAUGUGGGAUUAGGGUCUAUGCUUGCGGUUAGGGGAGAGGGAUUUGUCUCAUGGAUUGGAGAUUAUAAUUUUGUGGUAGAGGAAAAACCAGGUGCAUAUCAGGAGGCAUCAUUUAUUUCGCUGAACUUGCAUGCUCUAGCUGAAAAUCUUGCAAAAGUUGAAUUGUCAAAGAGAUUAUUCAUUGAGCCUGACCUGUUACCCACUGAACUGAGCAUGGAAGGGUUGGCAGAAGGAAGCAAUGAAGAAAAUUAUAAACUGGAAAGUACAGGGGACAGUGAACUAGGCAAUCUUAUGUCCAAAGAAGUAAAUUCGGAUGUUUUAGCUAUAGAUCAGUUUACAUCAUCUACUCCCUAUGGCAGCAGCCAUGCUGCAUGUACUUUUUCCGCUGACUUUCCACUUUCUGUGAACCACAUCGAUAUUCAAUUUCAACAGGUUGAUAGUUCUCAUGAAAGUAAAGCAUCUUUUCCAAGUGUGGAAGCUAAUUGGCAGCUGAUGCAGAAAAGGAACUCGACAUGCUUCUAGAUUCGCUUAGUGAAACCAAGAUUCUAGAUACGCAAGGUUAUAAACCUAAUACCACAUCUGUUUCAUUGGGGGCCUUUAAGGUGGAUCCUCCUGGUAUUUCAAAAAGAGAGUCAGUUGCUCCAAAAACUGCAUCAAGUAGUGCGAGUUUAGAUGAUGUACUUGAUGACUUGCUAGAGGAAACAUCUACUUUGACAAAUCCAAAUGUUUUAGCAAGGCCACAGGAAGAAAAGUCUGUUCUCCAGAGUGUACAAUCUUCACAUUCUGAAAGCAAGUCUAAAGUAACAGAUGAUUUUGAUUCAUGGUUUGGUACACUUUGAUUAUCCAUGGUGAAUGAAAAGUGAUCCUUUUUACUUA